AUGUCUGUUUCUGAUUCUAAGGUUGUCUCAACAGGGCCUCUGUCAGAGGAAGAGGCCCACUGGAUCAAGCUCUCCAAAAUCACAUACACAGACCCAAAGGACGUCACUAGAACAUGGGAAUCCGCUGAACGCCGCACCCGUCCCAAGGACGCAGACAUUGACGGCGUCGGCAUCGUCGCCAUUCUCGAUAAGCCUACCGGCAAAGAGAUCAUCCUCCAGAAGCAGUACCGUCCUCCCAUCGAUAUGGUCGCGAUCGAGGUCCCUGCAGGCCUCAUCGAUGAGGGUGAAACAGUCGAGCAAUGCGCCGUGCGUGAGCUCAGAGAGGAAACGGGCUAUGUGGGAGAGGUCACGGAGACGUCGCCCAUGAUGUUCAACGAUCCUGGCUUCUGCAACACCAACCUUCGCAUGGUUCACGUGAGCAUCGACAUGUCGCUUCCCGAAAACCAGAAUCUCAAGCCCGAACUUGAGGAGAACGAGUUUAUCGAGGUGUUUACCGUCAAGUUGGCUGAUCUAUGGGACGAGUGCAAGAAACUCGAGGCAGAGGGCUACGCCAUUGACGCCCGCGUGGGAACUCUGGCCGAGGGAGUCCUCCUAGCUCAACGAUUCAAGCUAUAA